AUGAUAGCAGCAGUUUCAUGGGUGCCCAAAGGGGUUGCGAAGUCUGUACCAAUUGUAGCAGACCCACCUUCGAAAGAGGAAAUCGAAGAGCUGAUCAAAGCUGGUGGUUUAGAGAGAAGUGGAGAGGAUAGCGGCAGUGAAAAUGAUGACCAAGAAAUGGACGUUGAUAAUGCCAACCAGACUGAUGAAGUUAGCCAAGCAAUAGCAGUAGCAAAUGCACUUGGCAGGAGUUCCAAAGUUAACAAGUCAGAGACUAGAUUUGAUGACAUAGCAGAUGGCCUGAAGGAACUUGACAUGGACAACUAUGAUGAUGAGGAUGAUGAUGCAUCUGGCCACUCAGGUUUUGAGCUGUUCAGCACAGGACUUGGGGACCUUUACUACCCAAGUAAUGAAAUGGACCCAUACCUCAAGGAUGAAGAUGAUGAUGAUUCUGAAGACCUUGAGGACAUGACUAUCAAACCAAAGGAUGCAGUAAUUGUUUGUGCAUGCAACAAGGAUGAAUUCAGUAACCUUGAGGCAUGCAGUAGGAAUUUUGUAGCUGUUGGGUCAAUGGAACCUGCCAUUGAAAUAUGGGACCUUGACAUUAUCGAUGAAGUACAACCAUUUGUGGUAUUAGGUGGCACUGAAGAGAAGAAGAAGAAGAAGAAGAAAGGAAAGAAGGCGUCAAUUAAAUACAAAGAAGCCAGUCACACUGAUUCUGUACUUGGUCUUGCCUGGAACAAGCAUUUCAGGAACAUCCUUGCUAGCGCCAGUGCUGACAAACGAGUCAAAAUUUGGGAUGUGCAUGCUGGAAAAUGCAAUGAAAUUUUGAGAUCAGGGGUUUUUGGAAUGAGAAAUGAUGAAUAUCAUGAUUGUGUUCAAGCAGUUGCAUGGAAUCAUCAUGAGCCACAAGUUCUUCUGAGUGGAUCUUUUGAUCGUUCAGUAGUCAUGAAGGAUGGAAGGGUGCCUUCAGAUCCUGGUUUCAAGUGGUUGGUCACAGCUGAUGUUGAAAGCUUGGCAUGGGAUCCACAUGAUAAGCAUUUAUUUGUGGUGAGUCUUGAAGAUGGUACUGUUCAAGGUUUUGACAUCCGUGCUGCCAAGUCUGAAUCAGCUUCUGACCUGAAGCCAAGUUUUACUCUUCAUGCACACAACAAAGCUGUUUGCACUCUCUCUUAUAAUCCUUCAGCUCCUAAUCUUCUUGCUACUGGAUCAACAGAUAAAAUGGUAAAACUCUGGGAUUUGUCCAACAACCAACCCUCAUGUGUGGCAUCCAAGAAUCCAAAAGCAGGAGCUGUCUUUUCCAUUUCCUUCUCAGAGGACAACCCCUUUCUGCUCGCUAUUGGAGGCUCCAAGGGGAACUUGGAACUAUGGGAUACAUUGUCUGAGUCUGAGGUUGCUAGAAGAUUUGGAACCACAUCAAACUGA